CGCAAGGUUUUCCCAAAACCCUUGCUAACGUGCGCAGUUAUGGUUCUAAAAUGAGCCAAACAUUCUUCGCACAGCUUCACAAUCGCAUCAAUGGCUUCCUUUAUUCAUCCGCUUCCUGUCCGACUUCAGGUUUUCCCUUCAAAAUUCACUACUCUUACAGCCAAAAGCUUCGUCUUUCGACCCAUAAUUCGCCUAAAACCUUCUCGAAUUUCCCUCACUGUACGAGCUCGCUCUGCCCCCACACCGUCGCGGCCUCCGCUGCCGGAAACCCAGCAAUACAUUCUUGAUAUUCUGGACGGAGAAGAUGUGAAGUCUAUGCCAUGUGUGAGAACCUAUGAGAAUGACUUGGGUCGGCUGGCUGUUGUUGGUGAUGUUGACUUGGAACAGGCCCUAACAGCAGCGGCCGCCGACGGUGGUGAGGCUGCAGACGAACACAUUGAUCAUGGCUUGGAUGUCAUGGUGGCGGAGACGGUGUUCCCAGGCCAAUCCGACGAACACAGCACCAUCUCCACCAGACUGUUUUUGCCAUCUAGAAAAGUGAAAGAGAGAGCUAAAAGUCUUAGAGGUUAUCUAACUGAAGACAUGCUUUCAAGCACUACAUCUACAAAUAUACUAGCAAUGACAUUCAGACAAGUGACUUUGAGACAACUUUGGAGUUUUGAACUUGUCUUGUUUACACCAGGAACAACAAGAAAUAUGAAAGAUCUUGCAAACCCAAGAGAGGUCCCUGCUUCCUUCACCUUGGGUUCCUCAGAUGUACAAGCCAUAUCCAAGCUUGCAGAAGUGAUUUCCGUUUCUGCCCUUGAAAGCAUCAAAAGGGAUUUUCUUGAUAACUCAUUAGGCAAAUCAUCAUUUAACAUAUUCCAUCUAUUUCAUAAACACGAACAAAUCUUUUCACAAGAUUCUUCUGUCAUCUUAUACAAAGUACACGAGGAUGAAGUGGUUGAAAGUGCUAAAACUCUGCUUGAAAAGUUUAAUUCAAUGAAGGAAAGUUAUAAACCUAAAGAAACAGCAUUGAAGUAUAAUUGGUGGCCAUGGUCUGUGUUUUCUAAAUUAGAAAAAAUUGGUGGACAUGAAUUUAGUUCAUGGUUUGAAGGAUGGAAAGAAUCUGCUAAAAAUAGGUGGGAAGUCCUUCUUACCCACUCCCAAAUGGUAUGUUUGGCUAACAUCUUGGAUAUGUAUUAUGAGGAUUUAUUCACACUCCCUGAUAAAAAACUGCCAUACAAUGCAGCUUCCAUGACUACUAACAUGCACAUGAAGAAAGGUAACUCUUUUGUGAAAAUGGUAUCUACUUUCAUCAUAAGUGGAUGCUUAAUUGUUGCAAUUACUGUAAUGGGUCGGAUCUUUUUGCCCCGUUUUCAAAACGGGCAAAACCGUUUCAGAGGAAAUCAACAGCCCCAAUCAUCACAUACUGAUUCAAUCCGUCUUUGGUCCAUGGAUCCUACUAUAUUGGAAGAGGUUUGUAUUUCAAUUUUGAAGAAAGUUGAAGCGGUUUAUGGGUGGAGUGGAGAGAUAAGAAAAGAAAGUGGUGGUGGUGUAUCAACAGGUCAACUCCCUGAUUACCUAACAAGAUUGAUUCAAGUUGACAACAAUAAUGCCACGUCAGCAUCAUCCACUCUCACUCCAACUGAUAAAACUGACCAUGAUUUGUUAUUAGCAUCUGGACAUAAAGUCGCAAGUUAUCAGAUUGUGAUAUCAUCAGAAGGGAAAAUAGUAGGAUUCCAACCCACGAGCCUUCUUGCUGUUAAUAAUUGGGCAUCAAAUCCUUUGACACAAGAGUUAUAUGGAGGGAGAAAACUCUCACCAGGUUUCUUUGAGCCUUCAUUGAAAAUCAAACAGCCGAAGGAGGUGGUUUUGUUAGAGUUGGUGAUGUCAGAAAUUAGUGGGUCGCAUUUUGUAUUGGCACAAACAAGCCCAACUGCGACUAGGGUUUCUUUCGCUUCUUUAUUCUCCAUUCUCCAAUACAGGGGAAAAUUUAUCCCAAAUACCCACCGAUUAAAGAGUAUGGGGAGAGGGAAGUUUAAGGGCAAGCCUACUGGACGUCGCCAGUUCUCUACUCCCGAAGAGAUGCUUGCUGGCACUUCAUCUCGACCUCGUACAUUUAAAAAGGAAGAAGCUGAAGUUGAAGAGGAAAGAUCUGAUGAAGAAUCUGAAGAGUCAUCUGAGGAAGAAUCUGAAAAGAAGAAAGGGACCCAAGGUGUUAUCGACAUUGAGAACCCAAAUAUGGCUAGGCCCAAGACCUUGAAAGCAAGAGAUGCUGAUCUGGAUAAAACUAGUGAACUUUCAAGACGUGAAAGAGAAGAGAUUGAAAAACAGAGGGCUCAUGAAAGGUAUAUGAAGCUGCAAGAACAGGGGAAAACAGAUCAAGCAAAGAAGGAUCUAGAGCGGUUGGCUCUAAUCAGACAACAGAGGGCAGAAGCUGCUAAGAAACGAGAAGAAGAGAAAGCAGCCAAAGACCAAAAGAAGGCGGAGGCAAGAAAAUAAGUGGGAAUGAAAGUGAUGGUAGUUUUCACAUGGUAUUAUGAUGUAUGGUUAUGGUUAUGGUUUAGUUUGUUGGUUAAUUUGAAGUUGAAUCUUUCUUAUAUUUUGCCUAUGUUGGCCAUUGUGGGGGAUCACUCUUUAACCAUUUUAUUAACUUUCUCUUAUUUUACUUCAAACCAAACUUAUUAUUCGCACUAGCUUUCAUUUGUUAUUGUGUUUGGACUUCUAAAGUCAAAAUGUAUGGGAAAGUAUUUAGAAUGAUGAUUGUUUUGAAACCCUUUUUAGAAAAUAUAACAAAAUGAUCUCAUGGAUACAGA